GACACUCGGCCAAUAACGACACGUGUGUAAUGCACAGUGGAGAAAACGCGUUUAUUGUUCCAAGGGAGAUAAGUGUAGAUUUUAUUUGACAUGUUCCAUAACUCGGGGUGCGUGUUUUUUUUUUUCCGAGGCCGGCAACCGACUUGAGGCGAAGUACCGAGUGUGGCCGAUGGAAGCGAAGGAAAAGUUAACACGAAACGGUAACACGCUGGGUUGGAGCGUUGGAGUGUGCCAUCUUCUCGCUCUCGCGCCGGUGAACUUUGCGCUAUUUUCUUUCACCUAAAUAUUUAGAUCUGUUCCUAUUUGUAUUUAUCUUGUAGUUGACCCAGAGAUUCUACAUAUUUAUUUGUAAUUCUGUUAGUCUGCCCAGUGUUAACUUCCUUUAAAAAUCGGGUUCUCUGGAUACAUUCAUGGAGUUGAGAUCGGGAAUCUAGAUUUACAGCUCGGGAUCCAUCCGGAGUGAGAACCAGGGUGUCGAGCUAAUAGCUGGAUUGUGUUAUUUAUAUAGUGAGUGGUGGAUGCAGUUUUCUUUUAAAAGAAUACAAUUGAUACUUUAGUGUGUUUUAGAAUACAGAGUCUAGAUUUUAGUUUUGUUGCUUUCAAAAGAAAGACAGACAUUCAUCGACUUACAUAACACCAUGAACCCCUAAGCCUGCUUGCUGAGUCCACUUGUAUUCACGACUGCUACAACAGUCAACGAUUAUGGCCAUUGCUAGGAUAAGAUGACAUGUAAAUUAGACGAUGUUCUUCUCGACUAAAGAUCAAGGUCAGUGAUGGGCAGACGCUAAAGUUAAAGAUGUUUUUAAAUCAAGAAGUUUCAACUACGCUUCAAGUUUGGACUAUUCGAGAGCAAUGACCAGGGACACAGAUGUAUGUGUGUUUGUGUCCGUGUAUCAGUGUGAGUCUCCCUUAAGAUGAGAUUUAAAGGAAAAUACAUCCUUGUGAAAUUUCAAAUGGAAAUCUACUCAAAAGCGCAAACAUUGAUUAUUGAUUUACCGCGCUUUUACUUUCCAUACAUGGUCUUUUUGUGACAAUAAUUUGAUGUUUCCAACGGCAUGUGUCAUUUCUUUGGGCUUAUUAGGGAUGAAAUCGUGAAGUUAAAGGGUUAAAAGAUUACAUCUAUUCCUUGGAAGGUUCAGUGUCUGUGUUUUCUUGCCCUGUGAAAAUGAACAGGCCGUGUGGUUUGUUGCCUGUUGCCUCCAUUCUGUUGGUGCUCUUGCCUUGCGUGAAGAUGGACAUGCAGAAGCAAAGUCCAGCUGCCAAGCAACUCUUCAAUGACCUCAUGCACGGCAAGAUCCGUUACAACGCUCUCAUCCGUCCAUCUGCUGGUCCUGAGAAGAAAUUAACGGUCAAAUUGGGGCUACGUCUGUCUCAAGUUUUGUCCGUGGAUGAAAGAAAUCAAAUCCUUACAAUUAGCGUCUGGCUUCGUCAGGAGUGGACAGACCAUCGCCUCAAGUGGGACCCAGCAGAAUACGGAGGGGUCAAAGUUUUGAACAUACCAUCAGACCAGCUGUGGAAACCGGAUUUAGUUUUAUAUAACAAUGCUGAUGGAGAUUUUCAGAUCACAUUAAAAACAAAGGCUAUUGUUUACUACAGUGGUAGGAUAGUUUGGGAGCCUCCAGCCAUCUACAAGAGUUACUGCCCAAUUGAUGUAGAGUACUUCCCCUUCGAUAUUCAAGAGUGCUUCCUUAAGAUCAGCUCCUGGACUUACCAUGGUAAUGAGCUGGAUCUCCAGCACCUCUGCAAUGGCACUGCCGUUCAAGACAACAGCGGAACACUGGUCAUCAUUCCCAGGGGUGUGGACUUGACUGACUACUACUUCAACGUGGAGUGGGACAUUCUGAAUGUGACGGCCAUGAAGAGAGUGAAGUUCUACCCCUGCUGCCCUGAGCCAUACCCAGACAUGACCUUCAACAUCACCCUCCGCCGCCGCACUCUGUUCUACACCCUAAACUUGAUCAUGCCCUGCGUGUCCAUCUCUUGCCUGACAGUGCUGGUGUUCUAUCUCCCUUCAGACUCCGGGGAGAAGAUCACCUUGUCCAUCUCCAUCCUGCUGGCCCUCACAGUGUUCUUCUUAUUGCUCUCAGACAUGAACCCGCCAACAUCCUUGGUGAUUCCUCUCAUUGGGAAAUACUUAUUAUUCAUUAUGAUAGUAGUGACUAUGUCUAUAACAUUGACAGUCUACACGCUGCACAUAAAUUUCAAAUCCCCAUCAACGCACAAAAUGUCACCAUGGGUACGGAAGAUAUUUACGGAAAUCCUUCCCAGGGUACUUUUCAUGAAGAGGCCAGAAAUAGCCAAGAAAUCCAAAGUCUCUGUGAGGACAGUGAAUGGGAUCGAGUUGAGGGAAUCCCCUUCACCAGGGCAUGAGCCCAUGCACACAUAUGAACAUAUCCAGCAGACGAGAACCGAUUCAGGAGAACCUGAUGGCUCGUCAUACUAUCCUCCAGAAAUACUGGAGGCCAUCAAAGGAGUUACAUUCAUAGCUAACCAUCUCAAGAAAGGAGAUGAAGAUAUAGCUGAGGAAAGAGACUGGAAGUAUAUAGCAAUGGUUGUGGAUCGCUUCUUCCUCUACAUUUUUACAACAGCCUGUUUCUGUGGGACUCUAAGCAUUUUUCUGUAUGCGCCUUCCCUCUAUGAUGCAAGGAAGCACAUCAAGCGGUAUGACCCAAACAAUACUUGUCUAUAUUAGAAAAGCAAGGAGAAUGAUGGGAACGAAAUUUUCAUUCGGCUAAUUUUGUGAUCAUAUUUAUGCAUAAUUCUUGUUUUAAAAGCAAUAUAACAUUGGGCUGUUCUUUCUGUCGUUUUUGUUUCACCAUAAUGCAUUUAGCUUAGUAACAAUUAAUAAUGAUGUUAUAAUUUGUAUUUGCUUUUCUCCACUAAAAUCUAGUCUAUAUUGAAAUAAAAAUUUUGUGAUGAUGGUAGCUAAAGACUGACAGUGAUGGUGGUAGCUACAGAUUGGCAAUUUUAAUGAGAGCAUUGUGUUGACAAAAGUGAUAAGCUACAGUUGAAUAUUUUAUAUCCUUUCAAUAUAGUCAUCAUUAAGGGACAACUAACUCAAGUAUUACUCCUCUAAAUUUCGGUCAAACAAGCUUCUUUAUUAUUAUGGGUUUAGUUGUUUUGUUUUUUUAUAAAAUCUUUACUUCAGUGGAGCUCAUAAUGGGCUCCCAUAGUGCAAAAUGUUUUUUUUUUUAUUGGACAGAUCAUUUUAUUCUUGAAAUAUUUUGGAUUUAACACUAGCACAGGAAUGUUGCUUCCUGUCUGCUUCUCAUGAACAAGGGUAACAUCCCCCUGUCAUUUGUAACAAGUGUAUUUAUAGCUAACAGUAGAUAACUAGAGUAUGUGUUGUGGUUUGUUCUAAGUAUUGUCCUUGUUGAUUCUAUAUUUUUGUUUUUAUGGUCAAACUACAUUAGAUUGUGAACCAAUCAAGCAAUCUAAUAUGAAUGCAAUUGUUUAAAAAAAAUAUAUUGUUGGUAAGUAGAACCUUGAGUGCAUUUAAUGUAUAAAUGAUGACAUUUAGAUUAAAUGAAAUUAGCUAGUCAAAUUCAUAUAGGCAGGGCCGAAUUUUAGUAAGUGGAUUCCAAAACACCUUUUUAAAGCUUCAAUAAAAAAGUUUAGACUAUUUUUUGACAAUAUAUAUAUAUAUAUAUAUAUAUAUAUAUAUAUAUGUCUAGCUUUACUCAAUAAUUAGACCCAUUGUUUCCUGAUUUAUGAUAUAAAUUUGUUUGAAAAUGCCAAGAUGUUCUAAAACCAAUUCUUUUAAUAUUCAAACAAGAGAUCUCUCAUACCCUACCAAAGCACACACAAAAAUUUGAUUUAAUUAUAUUUUUGUCCCACUUCCUCCUAGCCACUUGUCAGUCUUUUGAUAAUGUUCUUGUUUUUUGUUUUCCUCAUAUAUUGGGAGAGGGAGAAGCAAAUGUCAGAUUUUUUCAAUAGGCUUUGCAAUAAUGAGUUAUGCACCAACUGAGAAUAGACUAAAUGUGGCUCAACAAAAAUUGCUAUGACGGAUUUAAGGGGUCAGUUACAGAGAUCGGGUCUCAAACAAAGAAAUCCAUUGCUGAACUACGUAAUCAGGUUGUGACCGAUUGUUGCAUGAGGUUUUUGGAACAUGUCCUCUGACAGAAUGAAUUACGCAUACCAAUAGUUGCAAUGACAUGGAGACCAAUACAAGGUAAGUGCAAACAGGGCACUUGGCACCACACAUUCAUGGAGGACCUCAGAGCAGUGGACACUAGGUUGGAAGAGGCUUCAUACAUUGCCAGUGAUGGAUCUUUAUUGAGACAACUUGCUCCCAAAUUUUUAAGGAUCUAAGUCUAAGUAAGAUUGGUUAAAAAUAAGAAAGGAAGAGUAUCAAUUUGGUUUAGGUUGGUUCUUUUUCAAUUCUGACCUUUUUUUUUUUAAAUAAUUGCUUUGCUGCAGCCAUUUUGGGAAAAAACAAAAAAUUAUUACAAAUGGUCAUCGGUAAGAUUUCAAAUUUAUCUCCAAACUGUUUUUUGUGAGUAACUAAAAGAAAAGACAAACUGUGUCCAUGAUUUCUGUGUCAUUCAGUUGAGUGGUUUUAGGGAUGAAGGGAUAGAUGAGUGAAGGAAGAGGUUAGUCUUAUUUCAUACUUAUAUUUAUAUACAUUCAUGUAUAUAUAUAUAUAGAGAGAGAGAAAGUAAUAUAUAUUGGAUUUUUUUUCGGGAGGGGGGUGGGGGCAGUGAGAUUAGUAAAAAAAAAACAUUUACUUAAAAAUCUAGUUAUUUUCAAUUUGUUUUUAAAAACACAAUUUUGGUUUUUGUUUACUCUGUUUGUGUAUAAAAGAAAAGUUUAUUUAGAGCCUUUAUGAUAGGACAUAUAGCCUAUCUUUCUAAAGGAAAUCAAUUUGAUCACUAUUAAAUAUGAUAUAAAUAACAUGAUAUUUAAAGUAGCUGCCACAGAAUGAUUGCAAAUGUUUCUCAAAGUAACACUUCUUAAGCCAAAUAGAAAUUAAUUAAUUUUUUUUUUAUUUUUCAAUUCAGCAUUAAAAGCAGAGGUGCUAAAUUGUUCCAAACUUCUAUUUGAAAAAAAGAAAAAGACUUCAGUAACUGAAUUGUAAAGCAUAAAUGUUCAUCUUUCAACAAAACGCACAAAUUCACAAUGUUUCAUUUCCAUACAGCUUAAAACUUUCAAUAACAAAAAUGUUGUGUAUAAAAAGUAAUAUUGAAUAUACACAAUAUGAAAUCUAAACUUAUUAAAACAAUAUUAUCUAAUUCAGUGUAUAAUGAUGUCAUUUCAUGAAAUAGCUUUCACGUAUACAUGGUAUCCACACCUACUCAUGGGAAGAAAUAUAGAUCCUUCCUAUUUUCUUCUGAUACGAAACAAAAUAGCUUGAGAUUUGCAUAAAGCAUAAUACAGAUUACCAGGGAAUCAAACAAGAUUUCUUUAGUUAGGCUGUCAAAACUAUUUAGAAAUUCUAUUUUAUAAUUUUAAAGCCUCAAAAGUUUUUGUACAUGUUUUGUAUCUAGAUAUAUGUUUAGCUCUUAAGAAACUAUUUUUCUACUAUUUGAAGUUUAGUUUGAGAGUAAUGUUCAUCCCCAUUCCCUCAUGCCCCUUCUUGCCUAGAUUUCAUGGACCAAAGUUAUCAUAGCAAUAGGAAUCGCAACAUCAAUCUGUCCCCUUUUGUUUCAUUAGGGUUUUUUUUAAUAAUUGAAGAGCUAACUUAAACUUUGUCUUACAGUAAAACAUUGGAUGAAAACUCAAAUUGUACAAAACCAUACCGGAAUCUAAUUUGAAAUACAUUUGACUUUUUUUUUUUACUUUAUAGUUAUAGGUGAUAAUCCUUUUUGUUUCAUUUUAUAAUAAUGAAAUAGCAUAACAUUAAUUAUAGUUUUAACUUUCUGUUCAUUUGUAUUUUUUCAAUGAUACAGUAUAUAAACAAGGAUAUGUACAUUUCAUGAAAUAUCUACCACAAGUAUGUGUGAAUCCUUGGGAUGUGAUGAUUAGAAAGUUGAAUCAUUUGUUUCGACAACCAUUUAUUAUCUAAGUUGAAAUUUCACACAUUCAUUCAUGCUGAAUAAUCAUUUCAUCAACUAUUGAAUUAAAUAAAAUUGCAGUUUUUACAUUAUGUAGAAAUAAGUAUAAUAAAAUUGCUGGCCAUUUUAUUUUCAAUUAGUAUAGAUGUCAUUUAUAGAUCUAUAUCUAAAAUAUCUAUGUUUGACUAUUUGUUUUAUGGGUGGUUAGCUAAGUUGGUUAGAUUAUCAUACUAAUAGGCGAACAUUUGAAUACAGUUUACUAUAUUGAACAUUAAGUAGGGUUUGAUUUUUUAAAAAUAUUACUAGUUGCUGUCCUUGUAAUAGACAAUAGUCAUGGUCAAUUUUGGGAUAAAAAAUGAUUCAACCUAGUAAUAAUGUCUAAGAGAAAGAAGAUUGAUAGUUAUUACCACAAACAUUUCAUAGCAUGAUUAAAAAGUGAAAAAAAAGUUAAAAGGUUUCGAUCACAGCUAAUGCCCAGGCAUUCAUCUCAUUUCCUUGAGAUGAUCCAUAGUCGCUUCGCAACUGAAGGAGGUCAUAUAAAUGCAUUUGAAAGUGUAACUUUUUAUUUUUUGAAUGUGAAUAAUUAGCUUUUAGAACCAUUUACUUACCUACAAUUUUUUUUAUUCUCAUUGAAAACAUUUUAAUGAAGAAAAAAAUUUUCAAACUUAUUUGUUAAUUUGCAUUUUUCAUGAAUUUAUUUGUUUCAAUAAUCUUUCCUUUUGUAUUUUUAUUGAACUCAUUGAAAAGUUUUAGAAAUUGCGUCAAAAAUCAAGGUGAAUCAAAGUCUUCUGACACUUGUGCUCAUUGUGUUGAUCUAUUGACUUAUAUGAACAAUGUUUUGAUUCAUGAACUCUUAUGAAAUGAACAAGUGCCUUAGAGAAUAUCAUUGCAUGAGUUCAUCUAGUAUUGAUACAACAAAGGCAGCGUCCCUCUCCUUCAGAAAUUCAACAUUUUAUUUAUAGCUGGACUCAGAGGAAAAAUGGUUUUAAAAAGCUAGAAAAACAGAACUUUUUAUUCCAGUACAAAAAUAAAUUGAGAUCCCAAGAUAGGUUCCUAUCAGAUAACAAACUGUUUACCUAGCAAUAAUAUCCUCCAUUUCAAGCCCUUUGUGACAUAAUGGGGAAAUAACUAUUUUUGAUUAAUUGUAAGACAGGAGUGAUUCCCCUUACGAAGUUUAUAUAAGGGCAUGUAGACCGUGUUUAGUUGCCACUUGCUCCUGAGUUACCAGCUUGACCGCUGGACCUGUGUUGUGAAUGGACCUCAUUCACCAAUUGUAAAUAAGCACAUUUUGCCACGUUAUAAUAUUGAUAAAACAAUGAAAAAUAUGUAUGACGUAAUUUGUAUAGAAGAUAUAGAGAAUCACGUGGCUAAAUGUUUGUUUACGAUUGGUAAAUGAGGUCCAUUGUAUUUUUUCUGUUAGUUGUCGUGUGUCUUGGGGUACUCGGGAGAAGUGUGCACUGCUCUGGAAAUCUUUUGGCGUAGUAUAUCUUUAGUCAUUAUUGUAUUUUAUAUCAUGUAUUGAUUAGUAGAUAUAGCCUCAAAUGAUUUCCAGGCAGUAUGUUUUACCCUGAUGUUCUGCAUCCUGGGGUACUCCCAAAUGUGACAUAUUUUUAUAGCCUUGUCUCUGAGGGAUUCAACCUGUAUUGAAUCAUAAGAUAGGCUUUACCAAACGGAUGUCUAUAAGUGGGAUUCUAUGAAGCUUGUAGGCUCAUAGGUUUCCCUGAAGCUUAUUGUUCAUCAUGACCCUUUUGUUGUUUUUUUUUGGGGCUAAAAGUGGCUGUGUCAGCCUAAAGCCUGUGACCCUGGAGUGGCCAAAAGUGGUCGUGUAUAUUGACCUGAGGCCUGUGACCUUCAUUUUUCUACACUGAUGUGUGAUUCCCAGAAUGUGACGAUAGUGUAUAUAUUAUAUGACUAGAGCGGUGUACCAUACUAUUUUUGAAUGUGAAACUUUAGUUUAUUUUGUGUGGAGUAGGCCUAUGAGUUGAUGGCCAUUUAUUUACACAUUUAUUUUACUCGUGUAAAUAAACUUUGUAUAUAUGUUUACUUGCGACUUUGUUAAGUCUUGUUUUGCAUACAUUAGUUUAAUUGUAUAACUGGAGGUUAUACUUAAUAACCUAGGCACUACAAGUAGGGGCCAAUGUACCUCUGGACGAACGUGCCAGCACACCUUUAACACUGAUCUGUUGAUCUAAAAUACCUAAAUCAAGCUAUAAUUCUCAUGGGAGCUCGAUAUUAACAAUAAAGUCGCACAGGGACUGUUAUUGAUGAUACAUCUCAUAGACUACCUUUAGCUACACCCGCUACUAGGUAAUGUGAACUGAUCAUAUGUGUUCAUGAGUUCUUCAAUGUUACACCCUUCCUCACCAGGGUUUUAGAUCUUGUUUGUUUGUUUUUUAUCAUUACACUGCUUGUAAAUAUCAAUUCAUUAUGCAGGUCAGAGGCUUGGCUCUGACCAGAAAUUAUUAAGAAUUACAUUGGUAUUGACACAUUUGAAGAUGAAAAUUUUUAGAUAAAUAAAGUUAUUGAAGUUAUUGGUUUCUUAAUAA